AUGAGUCAAACAUUGACACCAAGACAAGCAGAGGAGCUGCACAAGUCCCUAAUAGCUUAUCUAUCUACCAUACACGCUGAUCGAAGCGCUGCGACCAUACGCGAGGAACUCCCGAUCGGCGACGGCUUUGACGACACUGCUCGCAAGAAAUAUGAGGGACUGCUGGAGAAGAAGUGGACGAGCGUGGCUCGGCUGCAGAGGAAGAUCAUGGACCUAGAGGCGAAGGUAUCGACCUUACAGGCUGAAUUGGACUCCAUGGCCUUGACGUCCCGGUCACGACCCAACCAAGACCCGACGAGUUGGCUCCCCUCAUCACCGGCGCGGCACAAAUUUCAGUCGCACCGCGAUGCAGUGACUUGCGUUGCUUUCCAUCCUGUCUACACAUCGCUGGCGUCGGGCUCCGAAGACUGUACCAUCAAGAUCUGGGAUUGGGAAUUGGGGGAGCUGGAAAGGACACUCAAGGGUCACAUUCGGUCGGUUUCGGGUUUGGACUAUGGCGGGCAGAAAGGGCAUACGCUGCUGGCGUCCUGUUCAAGUGACCUUACAGUCAAAUUAUGGGACCCCAGCAAUGAAUACGCCAAUAUUCGGACGCUUUCCGGGCACGAUCAUUCCGUCUCGGCGGUCAGCUUCCUGCCCAAUAAUGGAAAUCUGCUUGUGUCGGCCAGUCGCGAUGCCUCCAUUCGUAUAUGGGAUGCGUCCACAGGCUAUUGUGUGAAGACGAUUCGUUCCAAUGAUAACUGGAUUCGAGACGUUUCCCCUUCGUUCGACGGGAAAUGGCUGGUCUCAGGUGGUCGAGACCAGGCCGCCACCGUAUGGGAAGUUUCGACGGCAGAGGCGAAGGCUACGCUAUUGGGCCACGAGAACUAUCUCGAAUGCUGCGUCUUUGCGCCGCCGGCCAGCUACAAAUACCUCGCAACGUUGGCUGGGUUGAAGAAGCCUCCCCCUGCAACCAGCUCAGCCGAGUUUGUUGCAACCGGCGCCCGAGAUAAGACAAUUAGACUCUGGGAUUCACGGGGCAGAUUGAUCAAAACGCUGGUCGGCCAUGAUAAUUGGGUUCGAGGCCUAGUAUUUCACCCCGGGGGCAAGUAUCUAGUCAGUGUGGCGGACGACAAGACCAUCAGAUGCUGGGAUCUCUCUCAGGAAGCCAAGCUCGUCAAGACCAUUAGUGAUGCGCAUGGACACUUUGUGAGCUGCAUCAGAUGGGCUCCCAAUGUGGUGACGGAUGAUGCUGCGACAGAAGAGACCACUGAGGCCGGUCCUGGGGCUCAAAAACAGGAGGCAAACAAGAAGAUUCGGUGCAUUCUUGCCACAGGUAGUGCGGAUUCAUGUGUGAGAGUAUUUUCAUAGUCCGCGAGACCCAAGAAGAUUGCAAGAUUUCAUUCUCAGCGCUCUAAUGUCUCCCUAUUGUUCUACUUCACUCGUGACAGGAAUCGCGAUGCAUACAUCCUUCUUAUUCAUUCUUCUUCACCCCUUUUGCCUGCCCCGUCUGGAUAUAAAACUUUACUGAGAUGCUGUACAUUUUUGAACAUCAUACCUUGGCAAUGCAUGUGAGGGAGCGGGAUUAUGUCUACACUGCCUUUCGCCCUGGGUUUAUUGCAGCGAAAUCGUUCUUGUUGCUCGAGAUUGAGGCGGAAGCAGUCGUUCUAAGGAUCUCGCUGGCUGGGAUGAGUCCGCGAAUGGUUCAGGUUAUGCUAUGGGCACUUUUCUAAACAAAG